AUGGAAUCAAAUCUCGACUCCUUCUGCCGCCAAUUUCUCAUCACUCUCUCCCCCUCCUUCGUCGCCCACGCUCUCCGUUCCCUCAACAACCACCACACCGCCCUCCGUUUCUUCACCUGGGCUUCCCACCAACGUAACUACUCACAUUCCCUCGAUUGCUACGCUUCACUAAUCAACCUACUCCUAUCCCCCUCAACCACCACCACCUCCGCCGCAUUAAAUGUUUUUGCAGAACUUCAACGUAGCCGCCUCCCCUUAACAUCCCCAUCCGCCAACUCCCUCAUCAAAAGCUUCGGUAACGCCGGCCUGGUCAAUGAACUUCUAUUAGUUUUGCGUGGAAUGAACGAACAAAACAUCCACCCGACUCUUUUCACUUACAACUCCCUUCUUAACGGACUCGUUGGUUCCUCUUUUAUCGAAUCGGCCGAGCGUGUUUUUGUCGCCAUGAAAGAAGGAAGAAUAAAGCCUGAUGUUGUAACCUACAAUACUUUGAUCAAAGGGUAUUGUAAGAUUGGGAAAACACGAAAGGCGACCGAGAUGGUUCGCGAAAUGGAGGUAAUUAAUUUGGAGCCUGAUGUUGUUACUUAUAUGACAAUAAUGCAGGCUUGUUAUUCUGAAGGGGAUGUUGAUUGUUGUUUGAGUCUUUACCAUGAGAUGGAGGAUAAGGGAUUUCAAGUUCCUUCUCAUUGUUAUACUUUUCUCAUAUGCGGGCUUUGUAAGACGGGGAAGGUUUUAGAAGCUUAUGCUUUGUUUGAGAAUAUGCUUAGAAAUGGUUGUAAGGGUAAUAAGGCUGUUUACACUGCUUUGAUUGAUUGUUAUGGGAAGAGUGGGAAUUCUGAUGGGGCUUUAAGGUUGUUUGAGAGGAUGAAAAUGGAUGGGAUUGAGCCUGAUGAGGUUACUUAUGGUGCUAUUGUUAAUGGGUUAUGUAAGAGUGGGAGACUAGAGGAAGCUUUGGGUUAUUUUCGGUUUUGUAAUGAGAAUGUUGUUGUUGUCAAUGCUGUUUUUUAUUCUAGUUUGAUUGAUGGACUUGGAAAGGAGGGAAGGGUGGAUGAAGCUGAGAAGGUGUUUGAUGAAAUGGCUGAGAAGGGGUGUCUGCCGGAUUCAUAUUGCUACAAUGCGCUCAUCGAUGGACUUUGUAAGUGUGGGAGGAUAGCCGAUGCUUUAGUGCUGUUUAAGAGGAUGGAGUGUGAUGGUUGUGAGCAUACUGUGUAUACGUUUACUAUACUUAUCAGUGAGCUUUUCAGGGUGCAUAGGAAUGAAGAAGCCGUCAAGAUGUGGGAUUUGAUGAUUGACAAAGGGAUAACGCCGAACGUUGCUUGUUUUAGGGCUCUUUCAAUUGGAAUGUGUCUUUCAGGAGUAUUGCUAAAUAUCAAAAUGAUAAGGAGGUCAUGGAUGUCUUCUAUAAAAAAUCUGAACUCUUCCCUGGAGUUUCAGGCCCCCCUUGAUUUCAAUUUGUUUGUUGCUUUUGUAGAUGUGUCUCCAGAAGAAACUGUGCAGAAGAAUGCUUUUGAAAGAUUUAAAGAUGUUGAUGAAUCAAGUUCAUUCAAGGAAGCCCGUGCUCUAGCUGAAACUGCAAUGCCUGCCAGACUCUAUCCGAUGGCGUAUUCAAGCUGUAUGAAGAAAGUUUUAGACAGUAACAAAAAUGCUGCUGUGUUGGAUAACAGAAUGUUUUUGGUUUUUAGCCCAGCUGUAGAGAAGCUUGAAAUUGUGGAAUGUGAUUUGGAGAAGCCAAAUCAAAUUGGAUCAGCAUUAGGGAAUGCAUCCACUGUGAUAUGUACCAUUGGUGCUAGUGAGAAGGAAAUUUUCGACAUUACUGGACCUUGUCGAAUCGAUUACAAAGCCACCAAAAACCUAGUUGAUGCUGCAACUGUUGCCAAAGUAAAUCACUUCAUAUUGGUUACUUCAUUGGGAACAAACAAAUUUGGUUUUCCUGCAGCUAUUCUCAAUUUAUUUUGGGGAGUUUUGAUUUGGAAAAGGAAGGCUGAAGAAGCAUUGCUAGCAAGUGGAAUUCCGUAUACAAUAGUGAGACCCGGUGGCAUGGAGAGGCCUACUGAUGCAUACAAGGAAAAACAUAAUGUAACUCUAUCAACUGAAGAUACUUUAUUUGGGGGUCAAGUUUCAAACCUUCAGGUUGCUGAACUCAUGGCAACCAUGGCCAAGAAUCCCGAUCUUUCUUAUUGUAAAAUAGUAGAGGUCAUUGCCGAGACAACUGCGCCAUUGACACCUGCCGAAAAACUUCUUACCACAAUACCUUCUCAACGCCCUUACGUUUCUCCGCCUAAGAAACCAGAUACGGCAACUGUCAGUAAUCCAGGCCCCCCUGAUAAUGUUGUAGCAGAAGUACUCAGUAUUGCCCCUGAAAUAGAAACAGAACAACCAAAACCAGUGGCGAAAACGGAACAGCCACUUUCUCCUUAUACCGCUUAUGAUGAUUUAAAGCCACCAUCAUCUCCUUCUCCAACUAAGCCUAGUGAGAAGAAACAGAUAAACAUCAGUGAUGCAGUUCCAACACCUAUUUCUUCGGAUACUCCAGGUAGCAUUCAAGAAAUAGAUGGCAUUUCUCAGACAACAUCUUCCUCAAAAGUGAAGGAGUCUCUAUCUCCUUACGCAGCAUAUCCUGAUUUAAAGCCUCCGAGUUCACCAUCUCCGAGUGUACCAACUACAUCAAUAUCCAAGAUAGAUACAGUAGUAUCAAGCAAUGGAGCAGCUCAACUUUCUGUGGAAGAUACACCAAAGGAUGAUGGACAGCCCCUUCAUGAACCAAAGUCAAGACCACUUUCACCUUAUGCAAUGUAUGAGGACUUGAAGCCUCCUGCAUCACCAUCACCUUCAUUCAGAAAAUCCUAG